AGAAGAUGCGAGUGAGUCGGAUAACUGAUGAUGACUCAUUCAGGAGGAGGAGAAAGCAUCGGGUAGUCAGAUAAGAAUGGCUGCGUGUCAGUGAGUGAAUGAAUGAAAAUGCAAAGCGCUAAUAUUGUCCCUGUCCCUUCUCCCACUGCUUCUGCUGUUGCUGCUGCCGCAACUGCGAAGCCCUCUUACUUACUGCUACUAACAGUAACAAAAGCAAACCCGCCUUCAAAAACCCCAAACUUUGCGGCGAGUGUUUACUCGUCUUCUUUUAUAAAACCAAACCAUUCCGCCGUCUCCCAUUCCAGUUGCAGACCUCAUGCGCAGUGCUCAUCUUCAAACAAGUUCGAUUCGGCCUUCUUGUCUCAGGAUGACGAGGAUGAUGAUGAUGACCAAGCGGUAUCGGAGGAUGGUGAUGGUGACGUAAGCAUAAAUAUGGAUGCUGCGGCGGAUGAUAUUGAUAUUGAGAUUGAUAUUGAUAUUGAUGUAGAGAUAGAGAAGACGGGAAACAACUGUCGGAGGAUCCGAUCGGAAAUUGGGAUAGAGGCCCCACUCAACACUGUCUGGAAUCUCUUGACUGAUUAUGAGAGAUUGGCCGACUUCAUUCCGGGACUUGCCGUCUGUCGAUUGCUCCAUAAGACAGACAACUACGCUCGACUUUUUCAGAUUGGGCAGCAAAACUUGGCAUUUGGGCUGAAAUUCAAUGCUAAAGGAAUCGUAGAUUGUUAUGAGACUCCGCUUGAGAUCCUUCCUAAUUUGGGUCACAAGCGUGAUAUCGAAUUUAACAUGGUUGAAGGGGACUUUGAAAUCUUUCAAGGAAAAUGGUCUCUUCAACGGCUGAAUAGGGAAAUAUCAUGUGACGACUCAUUGAUAGAGCAGCAAAUGCACACAACUCUUUCCUACUUGGUUGAUGUAAAGCCAAAGCUGUGGUUGCCCGUUCGGCUUGUUGAGGGUAGACUUUGCAAGGAGAUAAAAAUUAACCUUGCAUGCAUCCGAGAAGAAGCGCUGAAACUAACUCACAGUAACACUAUGCAGCACCCUCGUUAAGUAUGCUAUAUAUGCGCCCUAUUGUUAUAUUCAUUCAGCAUUACAUAUAUAUUGGAAAGUGAUUUGUUGUAAUCUUUCUCCAAUUGGGUUCCACUUGGCCUUGCGCAUCUAAAGGAAACCAAGAAUUGUAUACAACUGUGAAUAAGCGUGUACAAUCCAAUACAAAUAUAUACAUCAGUCUAACCGCAUCAAAACCAAUGUUUAACGAAA